AUGCUUUCCAAAUGCCUCUUGUAUGUGUUCGCGAUCGGACUACAAGCCGCCGCUCCUCCAUACGGCCAACUCUCAGUUGUAGGCAAAAACCUUGUCGGUGCAAAUGGACAAAAAGUCGCACUACAUGGAAUGUCCCUUUUCUGGUCUCAAUGGACUGAGGGAUCCACUUUCUACAAUAAGGCUACUAUUCAAGCUUUGAAAUGCUCUUGGAACGCGAAUGUCGUCCGUGCGGCGAUGGGUGUCGAAGCGAAACAGGGCGGAUACUUGAAUAAUCCGACCACACGAAAGGCUGAACUGGCCAAGCUCUACGCAGUUGUGGAUGCCGCAAUUGAUGCGGGGAUUUAUGUGAUCAUUGAUUGGCAUGAUCACAAUGCACAAAACCAUGCCAGCGCAGCAGUCUCUUUCUUCUCAGCCGUUUCCCAAAAAUACGCCUCCUAUCCAAAUGUCAUCUACGAGACUUUCAACGAACCUCUACAAGAUGUUGAUGUGGCUGCUGGUAAUCCAUUGAGUGGAAGCAAUUUGAUGUACACUCUUCACUACUAUGCUGCCACACAUAAGCAAUACUUGAGGGAUAAAGCUCAGACGGCGUUGAACCAGGGACUUCCAAUCUUUGUCACUGAAUACGGAACGGUGGAACAUACUGGUGAUGGCCAAGUUGAUCAACAAUCAUCCAAUGAUUGGUACACUUUCUUGGAGGACAACAAAAUUUCCUAUGUCAACUGGGCUAUUUCGGACAAAGCUGAAGGAUCUGCAGCUCUUAAACCGGGAACCACAGCACAGCAAGUCGGAGAUGACUCUCGUCUAACCACUUCCGGGCGAUUCGUAAAGAACAGAAUGAGAGAUCAAGAAAAUGGAAUUGCUUGCUCCGGUGUCUCGAACCCACGACAAACAUCGCCGCCUCAAACCAAUCGACCGAAUACAACUCCUCGUCGUAAAAAUGGCUCAUCUGGUCUCCUCGUCUCAGUCGUAUCAGUCAACUCUUGGGGUAACGGAGCUCAAUAUAAAUUGGUUUUCCAAAACACUGGCUCUCAUGCGAUCUGUGGAGCCACUUUCCAGCUCAAUUUAAAUGGGCUCAACAGGGACAAUCACUGGAACUUUGAUCCAAGCGGCAGUGCCUGGGUUUUGCCUUCUUGGACUUGUCGGAGACAUGUGAGCCAUAUUGGACUGGAACUUGGAAAUAACACAGCAAUGGGACAAGCAUUGAACACUUGUGAAGACGUACAAACAACGUGUGGCAAUCAAAAGUAUCGAUUUGUUCAAGUGAAUACUAAAUGCCAAAUCGCUAUGAAAUGCUUUGUGAUCAACGGAGGCGAUCCUCUAAUGUCUAAACAAAAUCUUGCCGCUGUUACGCAAGAAUUGAGGGCAUUGAAGAUGCUGAUUCACAAAAACAUCGUCGAAUUCAAAGGCCACUUUGAACAUCAAGAGAAUCACAAUCACUAUCAAGUGAUUGUUCUUGAAUAUUUGCCGAAUGGAUCAUUAGAUGAAGUAAUCUUCAAUCCAAACUACAGCUUCACCGAUCACACGAAUAGUCGACGCAAUGAUGUCUGGUCAACCGGUGUGGUUAUGUGGGAGAUGUUCGCUAGAAAACACUGUUUCAAAAAGGAAUCAGGGCAAGGAAGAUUGGAAGAAUUGAGUCGAAAAUGGGAACUGAAACCACCAAAACUAGAAACUGAUCAUCCAUUUGCGGGGAUUGUGAGAAAGUGUUUGAUUCAAAAUGUGACCCGUCGACCGGUAGCGAGUGAGAUCCACGAGGAUUUGUUGUCCAUUCAAGUGGCCUAUGUGAGCGACUACUCAAAGCGAGAAUUUAAACCAUUUGCGAAACAAGAGCCAACUUCAAUGAAACACCUAGAUUUUGAUGCGAUGCUAGAGCCAGAGAUUCCAAAAGGAUUCGAAAAGUCCUCAGUAUCCGAAGAUCUUCCAACCACUUCCAUAAAUUCUUCCUUAUCUUCCAGUCACAAACAUAUCAGUCUUACUCCAUUCGUCACACUUUCCACUCACUCCAAUUCCUCCUCAAUGAUGUCAACCAGUGAAAAUAUGACUCAAAAGCUGUCAGAUGUUGAGCAAUUGCUUACAAGGAAAGGUGUGGCGAGCCAGAUUCCAGAUAUUGUUGUUUCUACUUCAUCAUCUUCUAAUCACAGUAGUAUUAGUCUUCCGCAUUCAGUCACUCUAUCUACUUCAACAGCUUCAACGGAUAAUGAUAUCAUUGAAAGGCUGGAAGAUGGAGAAUUGGGAGUAAAGGUUGAAAGCCAGGUGCUAAAACAAAACAACGUUCUCGCAGCUGACCAGUUGACUCAAAAGUUGAUGGAUCUAUCAAUAACGAUCUCAAAUGUUGUAGAUACAAUAGAACAGAUUCAAUGCCCCAGAACGGCUUCAGCGAGCGGAAAGGCUCAACUCUCGUCUUUGCCAGCUCAAUCUAACCCCAGCAGUGAUUUUUGGGAAACAAUCUUGCAGCAAUUAAUCCAGCUCAUUUUCAUGAUCAAUAAAAAGCGUCAAAGAGCUGAUAUCAAUCGUGAGAUUUCUUUGAUUCUAUCAGAAAAGCUGCGCCAACUGAUUUGGCAAAUGAAAGAAGAAACUGGUGAAGAAGAGUCUCCAUCAACGAGUUUC